ACUCCCCACAGGCCCUCUUGGUGGUGCGGACUAGGUCUGCGGAGCCUGAAGGGCGCGCACUGGGGAGUGGGUCCAAGCCCGGUGUCCCUGGGCUGGUGAAGCUCUGCAGAGGUGCGCGCUGCGUAGGGGUCAGCCCGGGGCGCACGGGUGGCCCUGAGAAGCCAGCUCCCUUCACGCACCCGCCCCUCGGUGGGUGCGCGGGACCGACCAGACCGCUCCUCCCCUGGGUGGGUCCCGGCUCCUUUUCUGGCAGGGUCUAUUUGCAUAGAGGAAACUGCCCAAAGUGGCCGCUGUGGAGGAGCUGGCGGCGGAGCGAAGGGGGGCGUGAGCCCAAAUUUGCUGCUGCCCCGAGGCAAGUCCCGAGCCCGGCUGACCUCGUGCCUCGCGCUCUCUGGUCUAUUCUCUGCACCUUCCGUCUGCGGCCUGGGUUCUGAACCUUUCUGCCACGGAACCCACGCGCAACGAGCGCGCCAUGAGCCGGGGCGAGCGCGCCGGGGGCGGCGGCGACGACGACGACGCACUGAAGGGCAGCCGUGGGGACGGCGGUGGGCUACCGGCGAAGCCAGCCGGGAGCCGGGCCGCGAGCACGCUGUGCCUGCUGCUCUCGGUGGGCUCCGCAGCCGCUUGCCUGCUGCUGGGCACCCAGGCGGCCGCGCUACAGGGCCGAGUAGCCGCGCUCGAGGAGGAGCGGGAGCUCCUGCGGCGCGCGGGGCAGCCUGGCGCCCUCGCUGCCUGGGCCGAACCGCACCUGGAGCGCCUGCUGAGUGAGAAGUUGGAUGGACUGGCCAAACUCCGGACAGUUCGGGAAGCCCCAUCCGAAUGCGUGUGCCCCCCAGGGCCCCCAGGACGGCGUGGCAAACCUGGAAGAAGAGGCGACCCUGGUCCACCAGGCCAGUCGGGACGAGAUGGCUACCCGGGACCACUGGGUCUGGACGGCAAGCCUGGACUUCCAGGCCCCAAAGGGGAAAAGGGAGUGCCAGGAGACUUCGGCCCUCGGGGGGACCAAGGACAAGCUGGAGCUACUGGGCCUCCAGGCCCCCCUGGACCUCCUGGGGCCCGGGGCCCUCCUGGCGACACUGGGAGAGACGGCCCCCAGGGAGCACAAGGUCCAGCGGGCCCCAAGGGACCUCCAGGGCCUAAGGGGGAUGACGGGACACCAAGCCAACCUGGGCUCCCUGGACCCCCAGGGCCUAAGGGCGAGCCAGGGAGCGUGGGACCCCGAGGAGAAAGCGGUGUGGACGGUUCCCCGGGACCAAAGGGGGAGCCCGGCCACGGAGGCGCAGCCGGAGCCACAGGGCCCCGGGGUCCGCCAGGCCUCAAGGGCGAGCAGGGAGACACAGUGGUGAUUGACUACGAUGGCCGCAUCCUGGAUUCCCUGAAGGGGCCUCCAGGGCCACAGGGGCCUCCAGGACCCCCAGGGAUUCCCGGAGCCAAGGGUGAACUUGGCCUGCCUGGAGCUCCCGGAGUCGACGGAGAGAAGGGUCCCAAAGGACCGAAAGGAGACCCAGGAGAGCCUGGGCCAACUGGACCCAAAGGAGAAGCAGGAGACAUGGGUUUGUCCGGUCUUCCGGGUGCUGACGGCCUCAAGGGAGAGAAGGGAGAGUCAGCUUCUGACAGCCUCCAAGAGAGCCUGACCCAGAUCAUAGCAGAACCAGGGCCACCCGGCCCCCCGGGCCCUCCAGGCCCCAUGGGUCUUCAGGGAGUCCAGGGUCCCAAGGGCUUGGACGGAGCAAAGGGAGAGAAGGGUGCACUGGGUGAGAGAGGUCCCAGCGGGCUGCCUGGGCCAGCUGGCCCACCAGGCCUCAUUGGACUGCCAGGAACCAAAGGAGAGAAGGGCAGGCCCGGCGAGCCAGGACUAGAUGGCUUUCCUGGACCCCGCGGAGAAAAAGGUGAUCGGAGUGAGCGUGGAGAGAAGGGGGAGCGAGGAAUCCCCGGCCGGAAAGGAGUGAAGGGUCAGAAGGGUGAGCCAGGACCACCGGGCCUGGACCAGCCGUGUCCCGUGGGUCCCGAUGGGCUGCCUGUGCCUGGCUGCUGGCAUAAGUGAUGCCCAGAUCCAGUCCAGUUCACAGCUUGUACAGAUCUGUGUGGACAUUUUGAAUUUCUGUAAAAACGAAACAGUAAUAUAUUGCUCUUUCAUGGGAUGCACCACCUGUGGCCUUGUAACGUUCGCAAGCGUCCAAACCAGCCCAGAACCAACAACCAGAGGGGACCAGUGAGCCUGGUGCAAGGACUGGGCACACACAGGACACGGCUUCCCCACAAGGAGACUAAGGUGGAAGUGCCUGGCUCGGCUGAGGCUGGAAAAACACCGGACUAAUUAGCAGAGAGCCUCACCACCUUCCAGGACCACGGCCACGCAACGGCCCUCAAGUCAUAGGCAGCACCCGAAGCCCCAGCACUCAGACGCCCUGCCCUGGCCCCUGUACCUCUAGCCCCACGGAGAAAAUGCCCCAUGUUCUUGUUCCCACCUAGCCCAGCUGGGCUCAGGAAGCUAGCUUGCCACAGGGACAGAUUGUCUGGCCUGACACAGCAGUCAGGCUCCAGGACCACUGUGCUGCAGAGCCAACAGCUGAAGCCAUGCUGAUCCCCUGGCACGAUGGACGGAGGGUCCCAGGUUGGGCCUGGCUGCUGCUCCCUGCCACAUCACCCAGAGCUGGGGCUGACAGCUGGGACUGUGGGGUCCGAGGGGAAGGCCUUCCGGUCAGAGUUGGUCCCGAGCGUCCUGCCCAGCGCUCUGGUCUGCUAGACAGAAACUGUCGUCAAGUGAUACAGAGGAAGCAAGCUUCAGGGCCACCUCCCAGCUGGCCGGAGCAGGGGCCUGCAACUGCCCCUGGCAGGCGUCCCAGCAGCCAGCUCCUCCCUUUCUGUGUCAACAGAUAACGCUGCGUUGUAAUAAACCACCACUGUGUGACU